AUGGAAAACGAAAACAGUGCCUGGGAGCAUGAAGAAGGCAUCCCUCAAUUCGAGGAUCCCUUUAUCCAGCAAUAUCUGAAAGGUCGCGACGCGCUGAUCGCGGAGGAGCACAAAAGACGUCACGAUGCAAUCUUUCGCAAAUCCAUGUCCCCAAUCGCUGCUCGAGCCUGCAAAAUCGUCUCGCAGAUUCGGGCUCGCGAGCAUAAUGAGGUGUGGACCAACGGCCUAGACGAGACAACGGCACAUCAAUCUGACGAGAUUUUGUACCCGGGCGUCAUGUUCCACUAUGCCAAGGGCCGCAUGGAAAAGACCAAUCUCUGGAAGAUUGUUGAAAAAAUGCCCAAGGGAUCCCUUCUCCACGCACAUAUGGAUGCCAUGUUCGACAUUGACUUCCUCAUUGACAAAGCCUUUUCUACACCGGGAAUGCACAUCAUGUCUCCCCAGGCCUUGGUGUCGGAGAAGGAUAGGGAGCACGGGCCUGUCUUUCUCCAAUAUUCGUCUCAAACGGCCUCCGACGGUGAACAGAAAACGAGUCUGUGGACGAGUGACUAUGAGCCAUCAUCCUUGAUUCCAAUUCAAACAGCAGCGGCUUCAUAUCCCGACGGCGGAGAGACGGGAUUUCGGGACUGGCUUCGCAGUCGCUGUAUGAUCAUGCCCGAGCAUUCGUUCUUCCACCAUCAUGGCGUCGAUGCCAUUUGGGCGAUCUUCACCACGACCUUCCCCGUCAUCAACUCAAUUCUGAUGUACGAGCCGAUUUUCCGAGCAUGUUUCCGUCGCAUGCUCAGCCAGUUGGCCGCUGAUGGGAUUCGAUACGUGGAGUUCCGCAUUGCAUUUGUCUUUCAGUGGAGAAAGCAGGGCAAAGACCAAACCGAGGAUGGUUAUGAAGAUUGGUGCCAAGUCGUCGAAGAGGAGAUCGAAGCCUUCAAGCAGACUGAGCAAGGGAAGUCAUUCUACGGCGCACGAAUCAUCUGGACCACGCUUCGUCGCUUUGGCAAUAAGGAAAUCGUCGACUCCAUGAAACAGUGUAUCGAGAUCAAGCACGCAUUCCCCGAGCUCAUCUCUGGGUUUGACUUGGUCGGGCAAGAAGACCUGGGCAGAACCCUCAAGGAUUUGGUACCUGUCCUUUUCUGGUUCCGCAAGCGCUGCGCAGAGGAAGGCCUCGAUAUUCCUUUCUUUUUCCAUGCCGGCGAGUGCCUUGGCGACGGUGACGAAACAGACAACAACCUGUUCGAUGCGAUCCUUUUGGGCACUCGUCGAAUUGGUCACGGCUUCUCCCUCUUCAAACAUCCACUACUGAUUGAUCUUGUCAAGGAGAAGAAGAUCAUGAUUGAGUGCUGUCCGAUUUCGAAUGAAAUUCUCCGCCUGGCCAGCUCUAUCAAGGCUCAUCCGCUGCCGGCACUGCUAUCUCGUGGCGUCGCCGUCUCCUUGUGCAACGAUGAUCCCGCAAUUCUCGGUCAUGGACGGAACGGGUUGACUCAUGACUUCUGGCAAGCACUUCAGGGUCUGCAGAAUGUUGAUUUGGCCGGUUUGGCCAUGAUGGUUCAGAAUUCGAUCCGGUGGAGCUGUUAUGAGGACCAAGGCACCGCUGGAUGGAAACAAGACGUCGAUGAAGGCAUCUUGGGGAGCGGAUUGAAAGCCGCACGUCUGCAGGAGUGGCAUGCUGAUUUCGAGAAGUUUUGCGAGUGGAUCGUGUUGGAAUUUGCGGAGUUUGACGACGAGGAGUAG